GCCAGCUACCUAGCUGUGUAUCUGGCUCCCAGGUGAUUUCUACCUCCAAAUUAGAAGACAAAUGUUCGAUAUUGAUUUGCACUCAUUGGCUGUGUGUCUCAGUCAUGUUGUGUUUGGUGUAAGCACCUUAGUGUGUCAUUCUUUGCUGUGGUCCAACCUCAACCAGGGUCCCUUUGUUAUAAUCACACAGGCCUCUGGAGAGCUGGGAACAUUAAGCAGUCUGCCAUGCACCUCCGGAAAAUGGAGGUAACCUCUGACAGGACUGUAUGAGGAAGCCUCUGUGUUUCUUUAGAAGCAGAGAAGACCACCGCUGCUAUUUGAAGCCAUGGAGAAGAUGUCUCGGGUCACUACGGCCCUAGGCAGCAGCACCAUCAGCGGGCGCACCAUGUUCUGCCACCUGGACGCGCCCGCCAACGCCAUCAGUGUGUGCCGCGAUGCCACGCAGGUGGUGGUGGCCGGCCGCAAUAUCUUCAAGAUCUACGGCCUGGAGGAGGAGCAGUUUGUGGAGAAGCUCAACCUGCGCGUGGGCCGCAAGCCCUCGCUCAACUUCAGCUGCGCCGACGUCAUGUGGCACCAGAUGGAGGAGAACCUGCUGGCCACGGCUGCCACCAACGGGGCAGUAGUCACCUGGAACCUGGGCAAACCGUCGCGCAACAAGCAGGACCAGCUGUUCACCGAGCACAAGCGCACAGUCAAUAAGGUGUGCUUCCACCCCACCGAAGUCUACAUGCUGCUUAGUGGCUCCCAGGACGGCUACAUGAAGUGCUUCGACCUGCGCAAGAAAGAGUCUGUCAGCACCUUCUCAGGUCAGUCAGAGAGUGUAAGAGAUGUUCAGUUCAGCAUGAAGGAUUACUUCACUUUUGCUGCUUCCUUUGAGAAUGGUAAUGUCCAGCUGUGGGACAUACGGAGGCCAGACCGGUAUGAGAGGAUGUUCACAGCCCACACCGGACCUGUGUUUUGCUGUGACUGGCACCCCGAUGACAGGGGCUGGCUGGCCACUGGUGGCCGGGACAAGAUGGUGAAGGUGUGGGACAUGACCACCAACCGGGCCAAGGAGAUCUAUUGCGUCCAGACUAUUGCCUCGGUGGCCCGGGUCAAGUGGCGUCCUGAGAGGAAGUGGCACCUGGCCACCUGCUCCAUGAUGGUGGACCACAACAUCUAUGUGUGGGACAUCCGGAGGCCCUUCAUCCCCUUUGCCACCUUUGAGGAGCACAAGGACGUGACCACAGGUAUUGUGUGGCGCCACCAGCACGACCCCUACUUCCUAUUGUCAGGUUCCAAGGACAGUACGCUCUACCAGCACAUGUUCAAGGAUGCCAGCCGGCCUGUGGACCGGGCCAACCCUGAGGGACUGUGCUUCGGCCUGUUUGGCGACCUUGCCUUCGCUGCCAAGGAGAGCCUCAUCAGUGGCGACGCCAACAGGAAGCCGUACCCGGGUGGUGACCGCCGCUACCCCAUCUUCUUCUUCAAAAAGCCCGACCUGACGGAGCAGUUUGCCCACGUGUCCAGCGCCCUCAGCGUGUUUGAGUCGUCUUUGGAGAGCAAGCGCAUGGACUGGUUUGUCAAGACGGCACGCCUCUACCUCCUCAGCGGCAAACCCUUUGCCGAGCUGUGUGACCACAAUGCCAAGGUGGCCAAGGAGCUCAACAGACCUCAGGUUUCCACUACAUGGACGAUGCUUCGGAUCAUGUUCUCAGACCCAGCGAACCUCUCAACGCCGGGUCCAAAUCACAUUGGCAAAUUGGGCACCCUUCCUUUAAUGAACAGUUUCAGUAUGAAGGAGAUGGGCAUGGGGACGGAGAGCAGGCUGGACCGCAGUAAAGGAGAGAGCAGACAGGACAAUAUUCACCUAGAGCUUGGGAACUCGCUAAUCAACAGCAACAAUGACGAUAUUUGUCCCACUGCAGAGAAUGAAGAGACCGAGGGAAGUGAGGGCCAGGCGGAGUACAUGUUUGGUGAUGCUGAGCUGGACGACGAUGACCUCUACUCAAUGGAGCAUGACAACCAGGCCGUGGAGGAGCAGGAGUACACGCUCCCCCAGGAGGCCUUCCCACUGCGCCACGAGAUCAUGGACAACCCGUUGGCGCCGGAGCACCUGCAGCAGGACAAGGCCGACUCGCCGCAAGCCAGCGGCAACGAGGCAGAGGUCAUGUGCUUGACGCCCAUCGAGUCCUUCUCCCUGAUCUCAAUCUCCCAGCCACUGUUCAGCCCCCAUCUUCCUGCCCCCUUCUUCUGCCCUGUGGUCAGGGAGAUGCUGAGCCAUUAUGCUGAGCAGGGCGACGUGCAGAUGGCUGUCUCCGUGCUCAUUGUCCUGGGAGACCGCAUCCGCAAGGAGAUCGACGACCUCACUCAGGAGCACUGGUACAUGUCCUACAUUGACUUGCUGCAGCGUUUCGAGCUGUGGAACGUGUCCAACGAGGUCAUCAAGCUGAGCACUUGCAGCGCCAUCACCUGUCUGAACCAGACAUCCACCACUCUGCAUGUCAACUGCAGCAACUGCAAACGGCCCAUGAACAACAGGGGCUGGAUCUGUGACAGAUGCCACCAGUGUGCCAGCGUUUGUGCCGUGUGCCACCACGUGGUGAAGGGGCUGUUCGUGUGGUGCCAGGGUUGCAGUCACGGCGGGCACUUGGAGCACGUGAAAAACUGGCUAAAGAGCAGUUCCCACUGCCCGGCCGGCUGCGGUCACCUGUGUGAGUACACCUGACCCUCCGCUCCACCCCUGCCCAGCUUGCUCUCUGUGUGAGGGGGAGCACCACACCUCAGUGCCUGGCUCACCAUGGCCUGGGUCUCACACUCCAGGCUGGCGUCUCCUGAGACUGGGGUCCACAAGGGUCUGGCCAUGGUAGCAAGAUGGCUACUAUUGGAAGACAGGUGGGUAAGACUGGAGACCAAUCCACAGAACCAGUCUGAGAGGAGGACAUGUAUGUACCGUAUGGAGCACUGUUAAAAGUUUGAUGGGCCCCUGCCCUACUCAGUGCUCACCUUGGCAAUGACCGAAAACUUGAAGUUAAGUGAAAACAAUCAUUUGUGAAUAUAUAUAUAUAUAUAUAUGCUGAGAUGGCCUUUAUUUUUAAUUUCUUCAAUGGCUUGAUCAGGUGGCUCUCACACAGUUGGGCAGACCUCUAUGUUCAGCACAGUGUUUUCUAUGGCAAUAAAACAUUUAGACAGAA